AUGGGCUCCGUGAGUAACGGCCAGUCAGGCCAAGGCCUUGGAAAUCGAGUCUUCCUGGACAAGAUCGACAAACUCCGCGAGCUGAACAUCUCCAAAGACGUUCCUCUGCCCCAGAUGGUCGUCGUUGGAGAUCAAAGCUCCGGCAAGUCAAGCGUCCUCGAGUCUCUCACAGGAUUCCAGUUCCCUCGCGCAGCCACUCUGUGCACUCGACACGCCACUGAAAUCGUCUGCCGACGAGAGCACACCGAGAGCGUCGUUGUGUCCAUCAUCCCGCACAAUCCGUCUCCCGAGCGGGAGAAGCUCGUCAGGGGCUUUCGACGAUCAACGGACAAGAUUGCCUCUGAUGACUUCCCCAAGAUCUUCGAGGAUGCUGCCAAAGUCAUGGGCAUCAAGCUGUCGGAGACUGACGGUGACGAAGGCAGCGCCUUCAGUCUUGACGUCCUCAAGGUUGAAAUCAGCGGCCCUCACGCUGACCACCUCACGGUUAUUGAUGUCCCCGGCAUGUUUGAGACUGUGACUCCAGGAGUCACCACGGAGUCCGACAUUGACCUGGUGAAGAACAUGGUCAGGCGAUACAUCGAGGAGCGCCGAACCAUUAUUCUUGCAGUGGUUCCCUGCAUUGUAGACAUUGCCAAUCAAAAGAUCCUCCGUCUCGCAGCAGAGGUCGAUCCCGACGGCAAACGAACGUUGGGAGUCCUCACGAAGCCCGAUCUCUGCAUCGAGAAUGCAACCAAGGCCGUUGUCUGCGACCUCGUCAACGGCAAGCGGCGCGAUCUGCACCUCGGCUACUGCGUAGUCAAAAACCUCGGCGCGGAUGACGUCUCGGGAAACAUGCACAGUCGCAACCAGCAAGAACAGGCUCUGUUCGGGCAGGCUCCUUGGAACACCCUCCCCUCCGAUCGAGUGGGCGUCGCCGCGCUUCAGACGCGCAUCGGCCACCUGCUGCAGGACCGAACUCGUGCAGAAUUCCCCCUGGUCCAGAGCGAUAUCAUGGCCAGCCUCAAGAAGAACAAGAAGCUUCUCGCCGGCAUGGGCGAGUCGCGGUCCACCACGGACCAGCAACGUGCCUACCUGGGCAAGGUUGCCUCGGACUUUGCGACCCUCAAGAACUACGGGCUGGAUGCCUACUACACGCGUCACGACUUUUUCGACGACUAUGAAAUGAGGCUGAUUACGCGCGUCCGUACCAUCAACGAAGCUUUUGCCCUCGUGAUGCAUGAAAAGGGCCACUCCAUGGAGUUUGACGACGAUUCUGCUGGCGGAGAUGGUUCCGGACUGGACGAGCCAGACGAAAGCGAUCUGGCAGCAGACCGGUCCCUGCUGUAUGGCGACAAAGUCGAGCUAAAGAUCCCGAAGCUCGGCGAGGGAGACCUGGGCGACAUUGUGUCGGACCCGUAUUGGUGUGCAGAGCCCAAGAGGGGCGACAUGCUGCAGCAUAUCCAGGAGCUCUACCUCAACUCGCGAGGCUACGAGAUGGGCACUUUCAGCAGCGAGAUGCUGUCUCGCACCUUCAAGGAGCAGGGCAGCAAAUGGCGAGGCAUCACGCUUGCACACGUCUCCAACGCCAUGCUCAUUGUCCAUCAAUUCAUCCACCGGGCCCUGGAAGAGUGCUGCCCUGAUCCCACCGUCCGCGAGGAGCUCUGGGGCUAUCUCCUCUACGGCCACGACGGCGCAAGCGGCCAAAAGGGACACGAAGGCCUGCUCAAGCGCUACCGCCGAGCAAUGGACAAUGCAGAGUUUCUCCUCUCUGUCGAGUUCCAGGAGCGAGCCAUCACCCACGACCCUCGCUUCGACGAGCAGCUCAACAAGCUGAAGCUGGGCGGCGGCGGCAACAAGAAGGCCUCCUCGGAGGAUCCCAGCAACGACAACCAGCCCGCCAAGGAGGAGCCGGAACAGGGCCCCAGCUCUUCGCUCGAAGACACGACGCGGGGCAUCCACGUCCUGCUGCAGUCGUACUACGGCAUCGCGCGCAGCCGCUUCAUCGACGUGGUCUGCCAGCAGGCGAUUGACUACUUUCUCCUCCGCGCCAAGAACGGCCCGCUCGAGGUGCUCUCGGACAAGGUGGUCCUCAACAUGUCGGCGGAGCAGCUCGACGUCAUUGCCGGGGAGGACCUUGCCGUCAAGGAGGAGAGGGAGAGGUUGGCCAAGCAGGUCGAGUCGCUGACCCAGGCCCUCAAGAUUCUGCGAAGCUGA